GUUGAGAACGAAGAUAGAACGAAGCCCGACGAAGCUUUCUUCUGUUGAUUACUAUAGUAACCAUUUGUCAUUUUAGAUGACAUAAACAUUUUUUAUGUGAAACGAUUUUUUCCUAUUUUUUUCUAAAAAAAAUAUAUUUUUUUAUUUGCGGAAACUACAAAAAUGUCGGAAUCGAAAGAAGUAGUUGAAACGCAAUCAACGAACGACUCAGAGCCAAAGGAGAAGAUCGACUUCAACAAUUUCCUCCUAACUCCAGACCAUCCGCUCUUAGAACCCUUCCAAAGAGCUUUAAAAGAACAUCUGCAGAUUCAGAUAGCUCGUAUAAAAGAAGAUCUCUAUGAAAUCGAAGAUGACGUCAAAAGAAAGGAGACCGAAAUCGUCGAUGUUGGAGUGCAAGCGUACGAAGUCCAACAACAGGUUUGCUACCAACAAAGAGUCCUUGACAAUCUAAUUAAUAAAAUACAAAAAGUAUCCGAAGAUCAAGAAAAAGAAGAACUAGAACUCCAUAGGAACACAAAAGAACUGAAGGAAUUGCAAAACAAACUGUUCCAAACGGAAAAAAACAAUAGAGAAAUGGUAGUCGAAAUAGAUAGCGUCACGGCAAUGAACCAGCACUUAUUGGAGUCCGAAACCAAGAUCGAGUCGCAUAUAACUAUCAACAAGAGAAUGGCGGAUAAAUCGAGACAAGAUAACGAUCAGCUGGCUAAGGAGAAGAGAAGGCAAGAUUAUCUCAUUCAUUAUCUCUUGACAGAUAUUUGGAAUCUUGAAACGGAAAUAGAGACCAGCAAACUCCAGAUUAGUCUAAAGGAAGAGGAAUUAGAAGAUUUGGAACAAAGAUCAGCGCUUGGUAACACAAAUAUUACAGCUUUGCAAUCGGAGCUAAAAGCCCUGAUGUUUUCAUGGACCAGCGUAGUGGCGGCAGUCUCCAAUCGCGAUAAGGGCCUGGAAUGUCUAAAUCAGGAACUAAAUAAGCAACAAGAAAGACACAAAGACGUCUUGACCGAAAUUGGACAAUCCAGAAAAGAAAUAAAGAAAGAGCAGCUGGAACACCAAACGUUUACGGCUUUAAAGGAAAGAGUCCUUGAAGACAUAAAAAUGAGUCAAGGUCAAAUCGAAGAGCAAAUUAUCCAAAAAAAGUGCCUAGACGAAGAAGUACAUAGCGUGAAGAUGGUAAUCGAUCGACUAGAUAACGAUAUAAAAGUUUGCAAACAGGAAUCCCAUAUGAAAACGCUGGCUUACAACAAAAUAGAACAGGACUACAAAAGGAUGGCGGCUAGAAAAUAUAAAAUUGAUCAGGAGAUAUUCAAAUGCAUCCAAGGCGAAAUUGAAAACGAUGUCUACGGCAAAAAGGCUAAAAAGAUGUUGAAAGAUCUAGCCGAUAAAAAACGGGACGUAGAAGUGAUUCUGAACGAAGUGGAAAAUAAGAAGAGUGGGCUGCAUUCUGAAAUCGAAUCGCAAAAGUUCAAAAUCGAAGAACUUACUCGUAUCAACGAAGAGACGAAAGAAGAAAUGGGCAAACUGGACGAAGUGGCCAGGAAAAUGAAAACAGAAAUCGAAAAAUUCGAGUUGCUCUAUAGGAAAAAAGAAAAACACGUUUUAACGCUAAACGAAAAACUAGAACAAAAACUGGCCGCCAAAGACCUGGACAAAAUCGCCAGAGCGGAGAUGAAGAUAAUAGACCUGACGAAAUUAACCGAAGAAUGCCAACAAGCGAUCAAAAGCUUGCAAGUCUUUUGGAUGCGCGAACAAAAGAACAUCUUGGCGGUGGCUAAGGAUCGCCAGGAGCAGAUCCAUAACAUCAGUGUUUUAAGGAAGCAGGUGCUCAUUUUGGAGCAGAAAAACGUUAGGAUGUGCGACGAAAUCGAAGAGCUGAAGAAAAACGAAGAACGAACCCAACAUAGAAUAAAUGUGCUUACUAACAAAACUUCGAUACUAAACGAAUGGGUUAAUAAUAAGAAGAACAAGAAACAAAAUUUGGAUAAAUCUAAUACACUUCUUCAGAAUGAAUUCGAAUCAAAAUUGCAAGAGGCCGAACUAGAAGUACUUAAAUUAGAAGGAGAUAUAGCCGAUAUAGAAGACGAUAAACUAAAUUUAAGCAAAGAACUAAUAGAAAUAAACAGAGAAGGAUUAGAAUGGGAGAAAAAGUUCCAUAUGACGAAGGAGUUCGUCAAUAAAAACAAUAAGUUCGGAGAAGUGAAUAAUAUGCGACAAGAGAUACAUAAAAUGGAGGUGAUUUACGGCGGUCUGAAAAGAUCGCAGGACAAAUUGGUUAGAGAGUUGAAGAACUGCGUUUGGCGGAGGGACGCUAUGUAUUUUGAAUCAGAAGUUAGACAGAAAACUGAAAAAAGUAAGAAAAAUGCGGAUAAGAUAAGAAUAAACUUUCAAAAAAAAUUAGACAACGUAAAGAACCAAAUAAAGCAAGUAAAAACUGAAACGCAAUCUAUGAAAGCCAAAUACAAGCACGACGAAGAUAAAAUCAAAGAGAUAAACAAACAAAUAGAGAUAAUGCUUAAGGAACCGGUAUUUAACAAGGAUUACAAGGGUCUCCUCAGACAUAAGUUGGAUGAAAUGAAAAUCAAUAGGCAACUCAAAUUCGAGUUGCUGGUCUUCAAACAAAGAAAGGCCAAUAUGCAUUCUUUAAUCGCCAAGAACAGAACCCCUUUUACCCUCUACAAAAAAGACGAAGAUUUGAUUUCAGAAUAUCAAAAGGCGAAAGAGAUCAACAAUAAAUUAUUAAAAAUUGCGGACGAUUUGAGGCAAUCAUUUACAGAUAAAGCUAAUGACUUUAUCAAAAUGCGCAAUACUCUCAGCAUAGUGGCUCUUUGUAUGUAUACAUAAAAUCUGUUAGUUAUAAAUGUACAAUAAAUUUUUUUUUAUAUAU